AACACUUUGUGAAUCCCUAGUAAAAACAUCAGUGAUUUUGACCGAUUGGGAUAUCAAUGUACCUUCAGUUUUGUUCACAUACAGAACUGCAAAACAAGCAACCACCAAAAUAGAACCUUUCUAUCUU